CUCAACCCAGUUUUGUUAAGCAGGUUAUUUUGCAGACUGCCAAGCUAUGCAUUGCUGAUGGUCCGCGUAUGCGUAUUGUUGUGGAUGGCUCUUGGGUUGCUGUAGGUGAGUGCACUGGUCUGGCGUGGGUUUGCUUUGAUUCUGAUGAUCACCAAGUCUAUGAGGAAGCUCUUUUGGGACCUUCAAUGUUAUCUCCUCAACAAGUCGAAGCAGCUGCUGUUCUCCAUGCUCUGCGUUGGGCAGUCCAUUCCGGCAUCAAUCAUCUGCUUCUUCAAACAGAUUGCUUAGUCCUUCUUCUGCUGCUCCACCACCAUGCUCAAGAAUCCGAUUGGAGUCUCCAAUCCAUUCUAGCUGACAUUUUGUCUUUGUGUAAAUCUUUUGAUCAUGUUGUCUUACAAAAAGUGGACCGUGAUGUGGUUCACGCUACUCACCAAUUUGCUACUGAUGUAAGACUUUUUGCUUAG